AGAUUAUCAAAUACACAAAAGCAGUACAGCGGGGUACCACAAGCUUUCUUUCCUUGUCCUUGGUUUGAUCUUUAAAGGUUCAUCCUACCUUUGGCUGCGCUGAGGGGGGGUGAACCUGUGAAAAGGGCUUCUAGCAUUUGUGCUUGAUCACAAAAGAGGGCCACUUGUCUGGCUUCCAUGACAAUUGCAUGGCGAGCUCACAACCAUGUUGACCAUCUACGUCCAAAGUUCAAGUCCCGAAUAAGUAAAUGACAUUGGGAAUGGCCAAUGUCUUGAGAUUACUUCUCCUGAACAUUGGGGUCCUCUCAGCAUCCUUGCCCUCUCCCCAGUCCGCCAAUUCAAUGCGGAAUCCAGUGAAGGAGCACGUGUGCAGCUUGUUCUUUUAUGUGGAUCCAUAUUUGUGGAGACAAGUUAAUGUCUUGGAACAAUCGAAUGUGACCGCUACACGCCUUCGACUGAAAAGGCUAAUGUCAGAAAUGGUUACAGAAGCCAACGCUAUCUACUCACUGGCUGAAUUCUAUGGGGAUGGGCACAAGAUUCAUAAAGGAGUCAAGUUCCAGUUGUCGCAUUACAUCAUAGAUGAAUCCCCAUGUGAUUUCCAUCCUAGGGAUCCCUUUGGCAAGGUAGUGGAUUGUCAGGAGCCAAAUAUUCCCAUGUCCGAUCUGUGUCAAGAGCCGAUCUUGUGCAAACACAACAUGACCUACAAUGUGUUCUGCAAUGACAUCCGGACGAUGCGCUUCUACCUUCACUUGUUCUCCGCACAAGAUCACGCACCGUUUUGUCUCUCCUAUGCAUUGACCUACCGACAAAUGAACGACUUCCAGGGCGUGGCAUGGAUCAAGGGAUAUGAUUCAAGGAUGACUCAAUCCACCACAAACUUUGGAUAUUGCGCCCAAAACGAUGCUCAUUGCAUGACUCCUUUCUACUUCAGAAAUACAGGGGUGGUCAACAUGAAGAUGGCUUCUGAAGUAUUUCACGAGGGUGGAGCAAAAAAUGUCUUUGUCCAUGAAAUUGGCCACAGUCUUGGCGCCAAACACGACGAUGAGAUCGACAAAGGUUGCUCCAAAUAUGGCCGCAAGGAUGAUUUACACUUCUUGAUGACCUCGGAUGUCCUGAAAAUCAUUGAAGGAAAUACGUCCAAAACCUUAUCAACGUGCGCCAUGAGAGACAUUGGCAAAAACCUAGAUCGCAUGACUUGUUGGCAGACCAGGAGUGGUUCAGAUGAUUAUCGCGAAUCUCAACCUCACCAUGAGCCCAAUUGCGAAUAUUUCGCCAGGCGAACCGAGAGGUCCAAUUGCCUCCGUUUGGAACGAGCCAAGAAUGGACUCGUUAAUAUCAUUUGGACUGUGGCUUUUGUAUCAGUAUUGCUUGGCCUCGGGAUCGUGCUGCUGAGGCUACACGCCACUUUCAGCUGUUUGGAGGUCCUAGUGCACAGGGUACAACGCGAAAACAUCAAUCACGAUAUGAGGAAUGAGGUGUCGGUCAUGAACUUUGGCAUUGGGAACUAUUGGAAGAUGAGCGACGCCACUCUGAACGCCAUCUAG